AUGUUAAUGGCAUCGAAAGGACAUUUCUUCACACAAAUACCACAACCAAUACACAAAGUUUCCGAAAUAAAGGCAAUCUUUGAGGUCGGAGUGACUUCAAUACACAAUUUUCCGGUUUUGACAACUGGACAACUCUUACGACAUUCUUGUCUGCACUUUUUAGGCUUGCACUUAUCGGUAGAGAUAAUGGCAAUUCUAGUAUUCUUCGAACUGGUA